AUGGCUCAACCAAGCUCCAGCAUCCACAUUCCUCAGCCCCCACCGGUCCUGGACAAUGUCGUCCUCAAGGAAAUCCAGCUCCCCCUCCCCGCAGCUCCAGAAGCCUGGCACCGCCCCGGCAAACCUCAACCUUGCACCGCAACCCUGAAGCUUUCUUAUUCCUCUGCUAUUGCCUCCGCCGACACAGACGAUGUCUCCCUUUCCAUUGACUACGGGAAGCUUUUCCGUCGCCUCGAAUCCGAUGCCCGCAAUUUGGCUACGUCCACCUCAUCCCCAGAGCACCACCGUAUGGUAAACUUGGAUGGAACACAACGCGAGGAUAUGAAAAUCAGCGAUGUGGGUCAGGACCCACGCGCUACGGCGGGAAUGGUCGCGAAUGCCGGACUAGGCAUGCUGGACGAGACCGCAGCGGGGGUGCGGCGGAUGGCGCAUAUACAGCCGAGCCCGCGGAAUGGGUACUCUGGAGCCGGGAACAUGAGUGUGUCACCUGCCAAAUAUCCGAUCGAGGCGGAGUAUGGAAAGUGUGAGGUCUGGCUGCAUUUCCCGAAAGCGCUGUUGAGGGCCGAGGAGGGAUUAAAGUAUCGCAGUUUGACGGUUUGGGGAUACAAGCAGAGCGAUUUGCAGGAGAGGUGUCCUGUCGUGGUGGAAGAGGAGUUCCUCAUUGAGGGGAUUCGCUGUUAUUGUAUCCUCGGCGUGAACCCGCAUGAGCGCAUCGAGAAGCAGGCCGUGAUUGUUUCACUAGCGUUUACUGGACCUGGACAGCUUGCUUGGGGGUCGACUGUUGUGGAGACUUAUCAGGCCAUGACCAGGGCUGUGGCUGAGCGCGUCGACAAUACCACGUUCAAGACUGUGGAGGCCCUGGCCACUUUGGUGGCUUCUAUUGCGACGUUGGAAUUUGGGAAUGAGCGGGUAACAGUUAAGGUUGAGAAGCCCAGUGCAUUGGCAUUUGUGCAGAGAUCGGGUGUUGAGAUCACCCGAUCUAAGGCAUUCUUCCAGAAUCACGAGGCUCAAAAAUAG